CCGCACUUUAUGAAACUUAAUGAUUUUUCGACAGUGUGGGGGUGUUUUUGUUUUUGGAAGGCUUAAAAGGUGUUCAGUAGCUUCAAUUUUCAAAAAUCACUUACAGUUUUCUACAUGGAGUAAGGAAAGUCGUAUAGAAUAUAUCAGAAGAUAUUUCCAUCGAUCAUCACAGCUUCUAGAAGUCGUUCAGUUCAAUCUGGCUGACAUAGGGGAAGGUAUACGGGAAGUAGUUAUAAAGGAGUGGCAUGUGAAAGUUGGGGACAAAGUUAGUCAGUUCGAUCCAAUAUGCGAUGUUCAAAGUGAUAAAGCUACAGUGACAAUAUCCAGUAGAUAUGACGGAGUUAUAGACAAACUCCACUUAAAUCUUAAUGAAGUGUGUAAAGUUGGACAACCACUGGUGGAUAUUGAGGUAAAUAAUGUAGUGAAAAGUUCAAGCUCAGCAAAAGUUGAAUCAUUGAAUAAGCCAGUAGCAUCAGUCAAUACAUUCAAAGCUGCAGGUGAAGCUGAACAAUUCGAAAAUAAACCAUUCGUAGCAAGUAAACCCUUCAGUAGUGAACUUGAUGUAAAAAUGCAAAAUAUAACUUCUCAGUCAACGUGUUCUAACUUGAGCAGUAGUCGAAUUUUAGCAACUCCCAGCGUUCGAAGAAUUGCAAGGGAAAACAUAAUUAAUCUACAUGAUGUUUCUGGAAGUGGAAAGGAUGGGCGUGUAUUACAUGAAGACAUUCAAAGAUAUUUAGCUGGACAAAGUCAGUCAAAGUCUCAGUUGGAAACUGGUGCUCAGUCUGAACAAGGUCUUACGAACAAAUAUGAUGACAAGAUUAUACCUCUCAACAUUAUACAAUGCGUAAUGAGAGACAAAAUGACAGAAUCUCAACUGAUACCACAUUUUGUUCUGUCCGAAGAGAUAGACAUGUCUAAACUGGUGGAAUUUCGUCAGUCAAUUAAUGAAAAGCUUAUAAAACUGAACAAUAUAAAGAUAACAUAUUUGCCUUUCUUUAUAAAAGCUGCAUCUUUUGCCUUGAAUGAAUUUCCAAUAUUAAACUCUCAGCUGGAUGAGAAACAUGAAAAUAUUAUAUAUAAGCAAAACCACAAUAUUGGGAUUGCAAUGGAUACGAAAAAUGGACUGAUUGUUCCAACAAUAAAAAGUGUCCAGAACCUAUCAAUUGUACAGAUUGCAGAGGAAAUUAAUCGUUUACAACAACUUGGGUUGGAGGGAAAGUUAAGCCUGACUGACCUUGAAGGAGGUACAUUUACUCUUUCUAAUAUUGGCAGUAUUGGUGGUAUGUUUACCGCACCGUGUAUUGUGCCUCCACAAGUGGCUAUUGGUGGUAUAGGCAGGAUUCAGCAUAAUAUUUAACUGAAAACACUACUCAUACAAGGAGAACUGAUUGUGAUCUUUGCAACUUGACAACGUUUUUCAUUCAAAAACUCGAAGAUUGAUAAUGAGUAGUACAUUUAUGGUACAUUUAUCUUUGAGUAAAACAAGAACGACAAAUGCAUCAAAAUAAUAUAAGCUCAGAUUUUGAUUUUUAUUAUUUCGUGGAUUCUUCUGAAGCACACAAAUUUCACUACGUCAUCUCGUUUGUUUAAAAAACUUGAAUUCUUCGUCUAAAAGUGACUCAUCCUAAACCCCCCUUUAUGUCUAUUUUAUAACACGAGAGAUAAGCAGUCUAAACUGGUCACCGACUCAGUUCCAAAGAAAACUUUAUUCAUGAACUUGAAAUUCAAAGGUGAUCAAGCUUCAGAUAUGCUCAAAAGUCGUCUCUCUAAAUCAGUCGAUAAAACGUUCGCCACUGCAAAAUUACAAAUGACCUUCACGAGCGGCAAAUUGUUCUCCGUCUCUGUAGACGAU